AUGGAGAGCUUGCCAGAGCGGCAGCCGCCGUUCAACAUGAAACGAUCCCACUCGCAAGAGGUGGAUGUGCUGCAUACACCGCCGGCUCCGCCGGCUCCGCACACCAAACGCGCACGCGCGGGCCACGAGCGACCCCCUUUGGCGAAUCUUUACCUCGAAUCGCGCAGUGCACACGAGCUGGUAGAGUUGAUUCGCCGCGUCGAGGCGCUCUUGCAGCACACUCCGUAUGCUGCCCAUCUCAAUGCCAUACUUUACCCCGAUCGCAUUGAGGCGCCGCUUACUGGGCGAGCUGCGGCGGACCAGCAAAGCGCCGAGACAGACGCUUCUGCCGAAGCGCCGCCCGCUGCAAGCACCGACGCAUCGGCGGCGCCACCCACUGUCGCGCCCGUCGCUCCGCCCAGCCCUUCUGUACCCCGCCCGUAUACCCCUUCGAUCCCUGCGAACGUCGACGGGAGCUCAGCACCCGCACCCUCCGCCGCGCUGCGUUUUGAUGGCAUUCCCGCUACUAACGUCUCGUCGCGCAUCGCCGCGAUCCUCGACUCGAUCCAGCACACAAACUCGUCCGGGCCCAUGCUCGGACUGCAGGGCCAGCCGCUCGCACCGUCCAAGCAGGCAUCCGGCACGAAUACCGCCAACGGCCUCUCGUCGCUGCUCGGCAAUGCAAACAUGGCCUCUUCGCGCCUUUCUCCACACACGCCGCUCUCCACGGGCACAGCGCCGCGCCACGAGACGGUGCUGCCGCGCGUCGACGUUCCCGCGCCGACGCCCGGCCCUUUUGACCAUACGCGCCUUGGUAGUGCGCACCAGCUUGGCGCGCAAUCGAUUCCCGGCACGAAUCUCGCUUCCUUCUCGCACUACGAUACGCACCAAGGCGAGCAUACAACGCGCACUUCUCCGCGCGUCACAAGCACGCUGCCCUCGUACGAAGACAUGAUUGUUGAAGGCCUGCAAGCGAUCGGCGACGUGAAUGGAACGCCACCGCGCAUGCUAUUUCACUGGAUGGAGGAUACAUACCCUCUUAUGAAAAACUUUCGUCCGUCCGCCAGCCAAGCGCUGCAAAAAGCGUUCAAGCGCGGCCGCCUGCACAAGGUCGGCAGCCUCUACCGCAUCAAUCCCGACUGGGACGGAAGCAACCAGGGCAGGAAACCAACGCGCCGUCCCCAGGUCGGCAAAGACCAUCCAAUGAUGGUUAAUGGUCCCAAAGGGCCUGCGCCCGCGAGUCCUUUCAAAGCGCGUGCACAGUUCCAGGGCGCCGCAGCAUACCGCCAGACCACCAGCCCCUUUAACAAGCAGCGCAAUGGCCACGCACGCCUUUUGCAGUCGCUGCGCCCAGGCCCAAAACCGUACGGCCAGCCGGGCGCUGCGCCGCUUGAUAAUCCUGCGAGCAGCAUCUUCCAGAAUGGCGCCGCCGCUGCCGCACUUUUGCUUGCGCACCAGCAGCGCUCGCGCGGAGAAGCAGAUUGUGCGCCGCCUCCUGAUCUUACGCCGACACUCAGCUCCCUCGUUCAACAACUGCGCUCUUCGGCGGGUUCGGGCGAUGCGUCGGGCUCCUCCCUCUCGGGUGUGCUUGCAAAUGCUCUCUUGAAGCAUGCACAGCGUCCGUUUGCCACUACGCACGGCGUUCAGAGCACUGGACUUGGGGGAGGCGCACAGCAAAACGCUCUUGCCUCCUCGCCCGUUCUCCAGUCCCUCACGCGUCUUAUCAGCACGAACCGCGAGGACGACAAGCCGCAGCACGAUGUGCCGGGCGCGGAAACGCACACAGCUCCUUCCCUCUCUGCGUCCAUCGAGACGUUGAUGCAGCAAGCCACGCGCGCGGCCCAAGCUAGCCAGGGCGAUGCCGCACAAUCCUUGACGAGUACCGCACAGGGCACAGCGUCGCAGGCAGACCUGGACGCGGCCGUGAGCCAAACACUCGAGGCUGCCUUCCAGCAGAUCGGUUCGCAGGAGCGCAAAGACGGCGAAGCGCACGCCGACCACGGCGGCGACGCCGAGCUCGACGGGAUCAAUCUGUCGGAUUACAGCGAUGCAUUGCGCACCUUGAGCGCUGCAUUGAGCGGUUUCCAAGAGGAAGACGAGGAGAGCGACGAGAAUGCACAGCAUCUUGCAGACGAGCGUGCGAUCGCCGAGGCCGAAGCGGAUCCGUCAGAGCACGACGAGCACGACGAGUUGCGCGACGAGCCACAAAAGAACCGCAUGUCGUCUCUGCUCAAGUCGUACGGCAUUGAUAUUUCCGGCGACGCAUUGACACAUCUUACCGAGACGCUCCGCGAUCCAAACGUCUCUGUUCCUGCCCUCUCGCACAAGGAAAACGGGGAGGAAGGCGACGAGGACAAAGGCCCCGCAGACUUUGCAGCGCUCCUUCCUUCGCAGGAGCUGGACAUGUCGCUCAGCGGCGCCGAGGCGGCCAAGAACCAGGCGAUCCAGUCUCAAUUGGAGGCGCUCAUUGCCAGUCUUGCGUCGGAGGGGCAGAGCGACGGGGAGGAAGAGUAA